GCGAUGAUGAUUCAAGGUGUCUAUUUUCCGUCGCCCACCCUGUCUUUCUCCACCUCAUACAUCCUUCUCAGGCCCCUCCUUCCUACCCUCCCCCUUCCUCAGCGUCCCUGCUCCUCUACUUUCCCAUAGGACGCGGCCAUCUCCCUUUGCAGCUCCGUUCCCCCACCGCCCGACGGCAGCCCCCUAACGUUACGAACACCGUUCCCCUAUCACGAUGAAGUUCUCUGUCGCGGUCACCUCGGCGCUCGCCGCCAUCGCCAGCUCGGCCUUUUUGGUCGAGGCUGAGAGCAGCCACAGCACCAUCCUCUCGCGCCGCGGGCAGCCAGGCAAGUUGUACGUCCAGCAACACCAGGCCGCUUUCAAGGCCCUGUCGAAGUCGGCCGUGGCCCAGGACAUAAUCAGCCCGGACCAGGGCCGCCACCGCUUGGACCAGGGUGCGCAGAUGACUUCCAACGCCAAGCCCGCCAGUGCACAGGAGCCGCACAGCGCAAACAACUUCGUAGGCGGCGCCGACCCCGAUUCCCCGCCGUACUAUCCGUCACCCCAGACCAAGGGCAAGGGCAAGUGGGCACCAGCCAUCGCCAAGGCCAAGGAGCUCGUCGGCAAACUGACCACCGAGGAGAAAGUCGUCCUCACCACCGGUGCGGGCUGGGCGAGCGGCAAGUGUGUCGGAAACAUCAAUCCGAUUGAGCGUGUGGGAUUCCCUGGUCUCUGUCUGGAAGACUCUCCUCUGGGUAUCAGGUUCGCUGACCUCGUCACUGUCUUCCCGAGUGGCAUCACCACUGCCGCCACUUUCUCUUCCAAGCUGGCCUACAAGCGCGGCGUGGCCAUGGGUCAGGAGCACCGCGCGAAGGGUGUCAACAUUCAACUCGGACCCGGCAUGAACAUGCUCCGGGCUCCAACUGGGGGUAGGAACUGGGAGAUGUCUGGUGCGGACCCUUACCUCACCGGUGAAGCUGCAUACCACACCAUCCGCGGCGUGCAGAGCCAGGGUGUCCAGGCGAACGCAAAGCACUACAUCGGCAACGAACAGGAGCACUACCGUGAGACCUCAUCGUCCAACAUUGACGACCGUACCCAGCGCGAGAUAUACGAGCACCCGUUCCUGCGUUCCGUGCAAGCCGACGUCGCGUCCGUGAUGUGUUCGUACAACCUGGUCAACAACAGCUGGGCCUGCCAGAACUCUGACAACCUCAACAAGCGUCUCAAAACCGAGAUGAACUUCCCUGGUUACGUCAUGUCCGACUGGGGUGCCACUCACUCUGGUGUUAGCGCUGCAAACGCCGGACUGGAUAUGACCAUGCCUGGUGAUUUGUACUGCUGCUAUGCCGGCCAAACAAGCUCGUACUUUGGCAAGAACCUCACCACCGCCGUCAACAAUGGCUCUGUCACGGAGGCCCGCCUGGACGACAUGGCGACGCGUAUCCUUGCCGGCUGGUACCUCCUCGGUCAAGACCAAAACUACCCGACGCCGAACUUUGACGCGUUCGCUUCUCAGAAUGCCACGGACCAAGAGCACAUCAAUGUCAUGGCCACCUCGCACUCUAGAACGGCGCGCCACAUCGUUGCGGCCGGAACGGUCGUGCUCAAGAACAAGAACCACGCCCUACCGCUCAAUAAGCCCAAGAAGCUCGCCCUCAUAGGCUCUGAUGCUGGCCCCGCACGCCACGGCUCCAACUUCUACUCGGACCGCGGUGGCGUCGACGGCAUCCUCGGCACCGGCUGGGGCAGUGGCACGGCGGACUACGCGUAUCUCGUUAGCCCUUACGAGGCCAUAUCCCAGCGCGCGCAGAAGGACCACACGGCGAUCUACUGGACGUUUGACGACUACAACUACGGCGGGGCCCAGUCAGUCGCCACCAACGCCGAUGCUGCACUCGUCUUCCUGCAGUCCGACUCAGGUGAAGGAUACAUCACCGUCGACAACAAUGCAGGUGACCGCAACAACCUGACCGCCUGGCACGAGGGGGACACGCUCGUCAAGCAGGUCGCCGCCGUUAACCCGAACACCAUCGUCGUCAUCCACGCCCCCGCUCAGCUCGACCUGGAGGAGUGGAUCAACCAUCCGAACGUCACCGCUGUCGUCUGGGCCGGCAUGCCCGGUUCCGAGGCGGGAAACGGUCUCGUUGAUGUUCUCUACGGUGACGUCAACCCGUCCGGCCGCAUCCCCUUCACCAUCGCCAAAAGCCGCAACGACUACUCUGCCGACGUGACGUACAUGGACAACGCGCAGACGCCCCAGAUCUACUACAGCGAGGGUCUCCUCGUCGACUAUCGCCACUUUGACAGCAAGAACAUCGAGCCUCGCUACCCCUUCGGCCACGGUCUCUCCUAUACCAAAUUCUCUUACACCAACGCCAAGGGCAAGUGGAUUGGCGACAAGAACACUAACGCCAAGGUCGAGGUCUACAAGGGAAAGGCGUACCCAGACUUUAUCUUUGAUGACGUGUACGAGGUCUCAUUUACCGUCAAGAACACUGGCUCGCGCGACGGCUACGAAGUUCCCCAAGUCUACCUCGCCUUUCCGAGCGGAAGCGGCGAGCCGCCCAAGGUCUUGCGCAAGUUCGACCGCUUCGAGAUCGCCAAGGGCGAGAGCAAGACGGUCACGUUCAAGCUCAACGCCUACGACCUCAGCACCUGGGACGUCACCAAACAGAAGUGGCUCCGUCCCAAGGGUCAGACACAGGUGCUCAUCGGCGCCAGCUCGCGCGACAUUCGCCAAACAUUCACCAUUUAGAAGAGCAUAUGACACAGAAGGAAGCAUUACGAGGGCAUGAUCGUUGGCUCAUGCUGUCCUGCGCCUCGGGCGAACUGUCACACAUGCCCCUGUGUAAUGAAAUGCUAUUCAAUGCAUCAUGCAUACUGCGGCUCUUUGCAAUGUGCGUUCGAAGCGAUCAAGUUACAGCAUGUUGCGGAUCAGCCAGGUGCCGAAACGAACGAAGAGCGUGUUACGGCGGCCCAUCUUGUCCGCCUCCUGGCGGAGAAAAGCAUCAUCAAAGACGUCCUUUGCGUCUGCCGAAAGUGCAUCAACCUCUUUC